AUGCCCAGCAGCAAUGUGAAAGAGGUGGAGCACAUCCAUUGCUUUGGGGCGUCUCUGCGCUUUCGGCUGCUACGGAAGCGGCCUCCUAAAAAGGUGAGAAAUGACUUCUCCAAAUUUCAAUCUCGCGGUCCAGCCUUUGUCAGUGGCUACUCUGAUGAUCCAUCUGUUAACCAGGCGCUGACGUCCAUGGCGGCCAUGUUUGUGGUGGCUGGUGGAGUCCGCUGGCGGGAGCGUCGCAGUGCACUGCGGGCAGGACCAAGUGGCCCCUCCACUGCGGUGGUGGGAUCGCCACAGGAGACCUACCAGGAGUUGGUGGACAAGUCUGAGUAUUUGAGAGAUCAGCAUUGGACAAAGACCUUCCACGCCUCUUUCAUGGGUGGUGCCUAUGUGGGCAUGGCUGGUUUGCUGUCUCUGGUGAUCGGUGGCAACAUGGCUUCUGAGUUCAUCACGCAGAAAGCAGUCUUCGCAGCCUUGUUCCCCAUCAACCUGCUCUUGGUCUUGACUACUGGUGGUCAGCUCUUCACUGGCAACAGUGCCACAAUGGCCAUUGGCAUCUACGAAAAGAAGUGCACCACCAAGGACUUGAUCCGCAACUGGAGCAUUGCAUACAUUGGCAACAUUUGCGGCUGCUUGCUGAUCGAUGCUGUGGCCCGAUACACCGGCAUGUUCACCGGAGGCGCACAGGAGAUGGCAGUCCACACAGUCAUGAAGAAGUGUUCAGCUACCUUUGGACAGACUGUGGUCAAGGGCAUCAUGUGCAACUGGCUGGUGUGCAUGGCAGUGUGGCUGUGCACCAUGGCCAAGGAUCUCUCUGGCAAAAUGGUGGGAGUUUGGUUCCCCAUUUCGAUGUUCAUCGCCAUUGGCUUCGAGCACUCCGUGGCAAACAUGUUCAUCCUUCCAGCAGGACUGUUUUCAGGUGCUCCUCUGAGCUGGGGUGACAUCUUGAUCAAGAACCUGAUUCCAGUCACCAUUGGCAAUGCCAUCGCGGGUGCUUUUGUUGUGGGUGCAGGCAUGUCCUUCUCUUUCGGCCGACUGGGAAAGAAGGAGGAUAAGGAGGAUAAGGAGGACAAGGAGGAAAAGGAGGACGAGUGAAAACCAAGGCCUGGCUGCCCUGGCUACCCAGGCUGCGUGAGAACAUCGACCUGGCAGAAUCUCCCUAUGACAAAGGCAUAGGGAGACGAUGGGAGACGUCGCGAGACGUUGCGAGACGUUGGACGGCCUCAAGCCGCUUAUUUUUUCAUCGGCACAACAGAC